CGGGAAAAGACUCCACACCGCCGCCUUUGCUAUCGUCACCGUCUUCACGUCUUCUGCUUCUGCUAUCUUCUGCUUAUCAACAGCACUACUGCCAUCCUGUGCCCGCAGCCAUGCUCGUCCCCUCGCCGUGGACGACACCGCACCCCUCGCCGCCGCCGGCCUACCACGUCGGCUCCUCCCCGCCGCUCUUCCCCCCACACGAAGACCUCGUGCCGAGUGUGAGCUCGCUAGCAGACAUCUACUCCGCCUCCGAGCUGCCCCACCAGUCCGCCAGAUGGGCCGCGCUAGAGGCCCGCUUCCGUGCGCUCUACGACCGGCAGAUCUCGUUCGUGACCCGCACCCCCGGCAGAGUGAACCUCAUCGGUGAGCACAUCGACUACUCGUGGUUCCCUGUCCUGCCGAUGGCAAUCCCGCGGGACGUCCUCGUCGCGGUCGCAAUCAUCCCUGCCGCCGACGCCGCUGCCGACGGGCGCAUCAUUCUCUCAAACGUGCAGGCGCUCAAAUACCCGACCCGCGUCUUCAACACCCGCGACUUUACUGAUCCGUUCUUUCCCAUCCCGACCGACAAGCACAUCGACUGGUCGGCCUACUUCCUGGCCGGUCUCAAGGGAGCCCUGACAUUCUCAAGACUGUGUGCCACUGAGGCCACGCCGCUGCCGACGAUGCGCAUCCUCGUCGACGGCGAACUGCCGACCUGCGCCGGUCUCUCUGCGUCGUCUGCGUUUGUCUGCUCGUCUCUACUAGCCGUGCUGGCAACCAUCACCGCUCCCGUAAUAGAGCGGUCGUUCCUCGUCAACUCUGCCGUCAUCUCUGAAAGAGCACUAGGAGUGAACUCUGGAGGCAUGGAUCAAGCUGCGUCGGUGUUUGCCAUCCGCGACCACGCCCUCCUCGUCGACUUUCGUCCGCUCGUCUCUGCCAAGCCCGUGCGUGUGCUCGACACCGUUCCCCGGCUGUGCUUUAUCCUCGCAAACUCUUUGGUCUCGGUCUCCAACCGGACCGAGACCGGACCAGACCGGUACAACAUCAGAUUCGUCGAGACCACGAUUGCGGCUGAGAUCCUGGCGCGAGAGUACUCUGUCGGCCGACUAGAGAUCAGAGACGGCUUCGGCGGCACACUCCGCGGGUUCUACGACAAAAUCUGUGAGCGGCAGGGAUGGGCUAUGGGAGACCGGGAGAGCGAAGAGCGCGCGGUGAAGGAUAUUGUUGCUCGUAUUCGAAAGACGUUUUCAAAAGACAGAUAUUCGCUUGACGAGGUCGCGGAGAUGCUGGGACUGAGUACAGAAGAUAUGAUGAGAAAGUACACCACGCGCUUCCCGAUCAGGGCAACCCACCUAAACCUGCGCGACCGCGCACAGCAUGUGAUUGAAGAGUCUUUCCGCUGCAAAUGCUUCUCCUCCCUCUUAGCUUCCUCAACCACAAACCUGCGCGCGCUCUCUGCGACAGAGUCGACUCCGUACUUUGAUGCGCUCGGAGAACUCAUGAACGCCUCACAAGAGUCGUGCUCUUCGAUGUUUGCCUGCUCGUGUCCCGAGAUCGAUAAUCUCUGUCGGAUCGCGCAAAAGUACGGCGCGGCCGGUAGUCGGAUCACAGGUACAGGCUGGGGCGGAUGUAUAAUUUCGCUCGUGCGCGCAGAUCGCGUCGACCAAGUGAUUGACGGGCUCCGGAAGGAGUAUUACUCGGUGCAGCAUCCGGAGAUUAAGGAUAUCAGCGAAGUUGUUUUUCAAAUCACACCCUCGAACGGAAGUGUUUUGACUAAAGGGACGGGGUUUCAGAUGUAGGUUGUAUACAUUAUGGUGUUCGGUUGCAUUUGGUGGUUCUCUGUUUAGUACAAUUACAAUUGAUCAA